AUGGGCCCUGACCCGUGGGAUGAUGGAAAGGCAGAAAAAAAUGUUUUAAAUGAUGACGACUUGCCGUUUGAUCUAAGAAUGCCUAAAGAAGUAAUCAAAGUUAAAACUGAAAAAAGUCAUGGUAUGAGUGACUGGUUCUAUAAACGUUUAUUGGCGAUUAUUUUAAAAGGAGGACAAAACAAGGAAAAUGAAGACAAGUCUAUUGAGAUAUCCUUGCAAAUGAGAUAUAGUCAAGAACAGAUGAGAGUUCUUGAAGAAUAUAUAAAAUCCGACAAUGCCUUAUCCGAAGAUAUGUUUAGAAGAUCUGUGCAAUAUAUAGGAGAUUCUAUAUACAAACCUACUAUCACUGAAAAAAUAGCCAUGGCUUGGAGUGAAUAUGUCUAUACAUAUUUUGUGGAGUAUAAGGAUUAUAUAACAUGGAGCCUUGGUGUAGCUGCAUUUGUGACAGCCACAUUCUGGCUUUGGCACUAUAUUUCCUAUAAUCAUAUAAUCAUACUGAUUGCCAUAGCAUUGUAUAUGUAUGAAGUGUUUGUUUCUUACAAGGAAGCUGAAAAAGAUGAAGUAAAUAGAUUUCUAUCAGCUAUAAAUGCAUGCAAAUGGCAUUUUUGGACAUCAGAGUGUGAAGUAGCUCCACCGGAUCCACUAAUAAUGUUGAAGCAUAUGAACCCGCUAAAGAUAGCGAUAAGAAUGUUCACAACUCUUAUAUCUGAACCCAUGAUAACGAUUAGUGCAGUUGUUAACUCGAUGUUACAUAACAUAACAGCUGAUCUGAUGUACCCCUUCAACACAAUAGCACGAUGCACAUUAGUGUUACUAUUUAACGCCCUGCUAAUAAUGUUGCUAGUCGCUGUUGUAUUCAAUUACAUCCUCAACAUCCCAUUUCAGUUAAAUUUAUUUUAUAUACUGAAUAUUGCAUUGAAUCCGCGUCAAAGAAAUGUUGGAAAUCCAGGUCCACCCGUUGUUGAACAGGGUAACCAAGGCGAUAGGAUAACUGUUGAAACUCUAAACAGGUUCUUAGAUGUAUGCUCCAAAGCUUUGACGGUUUCACAGUCUAAUAAUAAUACUACUUCAGCUAUAUCAAAUGUUAGUCAGGGUACAGGUAUGAAGAGAUCGUCCAGCACUGGAAGACUCCCUAAUGCUAAGUCCAGUUUUAAUGAAGAGAAAAGACAAAUCGUCUUCAAGAGAAAGCACGGUGGAAGCGGUGAUGCAUCAUGA